CGCCUCCGGUGUGCGGGGGCGGGGUACCCCGUCCCGCAUGACGGGGUACGGGGUGGGGGGGCAGUCCGUCCGGCCCCCCGCACCCCCCUUCUCUCUCUCUUUUUCUUCUCUCUCUCUCUCUCUCUGUCAUUUUCCCUCUACACCGUUCUCCCUCUCUCCCCCCAUAGCUUGCUUGAAAUGGUGCGCUCCACUGUAGCCCACGCCCACGCCUCGACGCCAUAACAGCCACCGUAGCCCACGGCCACGCCCUUGCGUCGAGAGGCCAUAACAGCCACCAACGCCCACACCACGGUUAGACACCAGAAGAGAAGAAAUGGGAAAGGGAAAUCAACGGGGCUUAAACUUAUAUAUAUAUUAUAUAUAUUAUAUAUGAUACGGGGCGGGGGAAAAACGGACCGGGGGGGUCCGUCCCCGUCCCCCGCCCCCGCAUGGGUUACAGCUUACGGGCCGGGGGGCCCCGCCCCGGCCCUGACGGUGCCGAUGCCCCGCCCCGUACUAUGAGGGGACGGGGCGAACGGGGCGGGGCAGCGGGUAACGGGGCCCCGCUGCCCACCCCUAUGGUUUACCCUAUGUCAUGAUAUGUUAUAUACAGUCAACAACAAUUGGACCAAUGCACACAUGUAAUGAUGGCCACUAAAUAAGUGAAAGACAAGAUGAACAAGUCAUGUAUGAUUGUUAGAAAAUGCAUGGAGUUCUCAUUUUUUUUUUCUUGUCCAAAUUCAAGAGGCUGGAUUUCAUUCUAUAGUAAUACAUCUUCUGGUUAAUGUAACACUGCCGUGUUCGAGCCUUUUCCAGAUAGUCAUUCGGUACCUAUUGAUUUCAUAUUUUUACCCUUCUUCCUCUUGUUUUUGAUAGGUUGGUUUGCUCUAUGCUCAACGAGACCCGUCCUUCAUUAAUUUUUGAUAGGUUGUUUUUGAUAGGUUACUAAUGAAUGAUAUAUAUGUUAUGUGAAUGUGUGACGAUAGAUGUAAGUUUUCAAAAUUAAGCAUUAUGUUAAACUAAGUUAAAUUUAUAGUAUGAUGUGCUAUUAUUGAUUCUUCAACUCAUUUGUUUGUUUCUCUAUUUUUAUGUUUUAAUAUUCCAGAUGAUGAUUUCCUGAAUACAGAGCAGGGUGCCAGGAGUGGAAUAAAAUUCCGGAGGCUUAGUGUAUGAUUUAGACAUUUAAGCAAAUAUUGGUAUCACAUAGAACUAGCUUAUGUCAUUUCUUUUAUUUCUCAACUUUUAUGUUAUGAAAGAUUCUCAUACUAUAUGAGUUUUAUGAUCUAAUAGAUGAGGUAUUUUAUGAGACUUAAAUCUCUUUACCAUGCAUUAUGUUAUGAAUGUACGUUACACUCUUGACCCACGGGAAGGGGUGUUACAACACCAUUCAUCAUCCAUCCUCUUGCCUCUUGUUUUUUACAGUGAGUGCUGCUAACACCCACAAAAGGUCUCACAAUCUUUAAUUAAUCAACCAAAUAUCACUAAUUUCUAAUAUGAUAUUAGUGUCAAAUAUCACUACAGCAUUUGGUAUCGGAUGCUUAGAACUCUAGGACCACAGUGAGAGAAAGAUACACACAAUAAAUGUUAUGGGGUCCAGUUUACAUGUCUUUUUCUCAUUCUAAGUUCUAGAGUUCGAAUGAGACUUUAAAAUUUAAAGAACAAGUAGUUUACUCAUUCAUAAGGCUAGCUAACUUAUUCCAUUUAAAAGAAAAACAAAUUGUCUUCCAUUUGGACCAUGCAUCUAGAAACAAACUGAUAAAAAUUGUUGGGGAGACUUUUCCUGUUCCAUAGAAAAUUCAUAUGAUGCACAAACGUUAACCCACAACAAUAGACAACAGACCCAUUUGGGGUUCUUGACAUGGUACAACUGACCCUCAUAUUUAACUUGCAUGGUAGUUGGUAUCCCCAAAUUCUCAAUAUAUUUGGUACACAUCCAACGAGAAAAAAAGGUUAAGGUGUUCAAUUCAAUCUGCUAAGGUCAAAUAAUGCAACAUGGCUUAAAAAAGUAUAAGUUUCCAUUUGGACCAUGCAUCUAGAAACAAACUGAUAAAAAUUGUUGGGGGAGACUUUUCCUGUUCCAUAGAAAAUUCAUAUGAUGCACAAACGUUAACCCACAACAAUAGACAACAGACCCAUUUAUCAUGGACUUCUUCCAUGAUAAAUUCGCCCAACAAAGUUUAAAAUAAAACCAGUAUCCUUCAAAGUCACUGACUUUGACUCUAAACCAGUAUCUUUCAAUUACAACUUUGACUUUGACUCUAGAAGUUUUUUGAAAAGCCAAAUAUUCUAAAGAACUUUCUACGCUGGUUGGCAGAAACCAGCCAUUCUAUCCCCCACCUAGAUGUCAUUAAUGCCGUGAAUUACAACUCUUGAAGCUGAAUUCCAACUCACCAAUCUUGGCUUCGAGAGAAAGGUCUUCCUCCACAACCAACUCCAAGCAGUUUGCAAGGUACUACUACUCCACUGGCUUUAUAUUCGAUCGAUUGCUCUUGUUCUUUUCCCCACUAUCUCGAACAUAGUUCUGGGGAAGGUGGAGGCAGAAAUUAAGCUUGCAUCAGAGGAAGAAGUCCGCACGGUAAUUAUAAGUUAAAUAUCAGGUUUCAUUUUUCAGAUUUCCAGGAGUAGUACUCUUUUGUGUGGAAAAUAGAGAGGCCAUGACCAUUACUUGCAUGAAUCCGCUUCUCUAUGAUGCUGCAGCAAAAGGCAACAUCAUGGCUUUCAAAAAUCAUAAAUUCAAACUGCCACUAGAAGCCUUAUUAACACCAAACAAAAACACAGUCCUCCAUAUUUUCAUCACAACCUCCGAAAAUGGGAUAGAGUCAACAGAGAGGAACUUCGUGGGAGAUAUACUCAACAUGUGUCCUUCACUUUUAUGUCAAGUCAAUGUCAAAGAUGAAACUCCAUUACAUGUCGCAGCAAGGUACGGGCAUGCUAAUAUCGUUAGAGUUCUGAUCCAACAUGCGAGACAUGGACACCAUCAAGAUCUUGGAAGCGGGGCUGAAGCAGUCAGGGAGUUGCUUAGGAUGGUGAACAAAGAGAAUGACACACCCUUACAUGAGGCUGUACGUUAUAAUCACUUUGAAGUGGUACGACUUUUAGUAAGGGAAGACCCAGAUUUUUCAUAUUCUGUUAAUGAUGCCGGGGAGACUCCACUCUACAUUGCCGUCGAGAGAAACUAUGAAAAUUUGGUUUUGGAAAUUUUGCAAACCUGCAAUUCACCAGCUUAUGAUGGUCCCUUAGGUAGAACAGCUUUGCAUGCUGCAGUUUUUUGGGAUAACAAAGUAACAAUCAAACCAAUUCUGGAACGAAUUGGAGGAGCUCCAACUAAAAAGGCAGACCAAGAAGGUUGGACUCCACUGCACUUGGCUGCAUACUCAAAUUGGUGGUGGUCUACACAGCUGUUGCUGGAACAUGAUUCACAAGUAGCAUAUAUGAAAGACAAAGAGGGGAGGACAGCUCUUCACAUUGCAGCUUAUCGUGGCAAUAAUCGGGUCAUGGAAAGUAUUAUAGGCAUGUGUCCAGAUUGUUGCGAACUGGUUGACAACAGAGGCUGGAAUGCGUUGCACUUUGCGGUCGAGGGCGAUGUUCGUACAGUGAGUACGAUCCUUAAAAAUUCAUCUCUCAGCAAUCUUUUGAACGAGAAGAACGCCGAAGGGAACACUCCUCUCCAUCACCAAUAUUCCCGCUAUUCCGAGGACGUAAACAGGGAUCUCAUGGAUCACCCCAGAGUAGAUAAGAUGGCCUUCAACAAAAAUAACCUCAAUGCUUAUCAAGUCGCUUUAACAAGUGCAAAGUUAUCGCCAAGAAAGAAGAUGGACAUUGCGACUAAACUCCGAUCUCGUUCGAGAAGGGUAUUCCUCAAGGAGGAUGAAAACAAUAUCACCCUGGAUGACAUAAUGAAGGACGAGGUGAAGUGGUGCCAGGCGAGGAGGAAAGAAUAUUUGGUGAAAGCGGCCGAAACACACUUGAUAGUGGCUGCAGUCAUCACAACCGUGACCUUUACCGCAGCUAUAACCAUGCCUGGUGGUUUUGUUGGUGCUGGAGGUGCCCCUAAUGAUCAUGAAGGCUCUGCAGUUUUGAGGAGAAAUGCUGCUUUUAAAGCGUUCAUUAUCAGUGAUGUCAUAUCCUUGGUGCUAUCUAGUUCUGCUGUUGUUACCCAUCUACUCAUGCCACUUUUGUUGAUCAAGCAUUCUGAAUCUGAUGAAACUCGCUACGAUUUUCUCAGCCUGGCCUUCAGUUUUAUUUUGAUGGCCAUGGGAGCAAUGGUGCUGGCAUUUAUCACAGGUGCGUAUGCUGUGUUAGCGCAUUCCCUAGAUCUUGUCGUUGCCACUUGUGUUAUUGGCUCAUGCUUCUUCAUCAUCCUCUAUGUGAUAUAUGACUUGUAUAAGAAGAAUAUAGGUUUCUCUAGGAUAUAUUCAAGUUUAUAUUACUUUUUAUGUUAUUGAAUAUGUGUAUAAAGCACACCAUCCAAAAUUUGAUUUAUAAGAUUCAAUUUUUAGAAUUGAUCUUCUAAACCAAAUUAUGUCAUGUAAACAUUUUAGACAGUGAGGUCUACCUACCGACUUUAUAAUAGAAUUUUUUCUAUAUAUAUUAAACAGUCAAACACCAUUUAGUGCA